GCUUCGUGGCCUAGCAACCAGAGGAGGCUUUAACAAACAGACAGACCAGCAAGCAUCCGAGCUAGCUAGCUUCAACCUCUAACUAGCUGCCUACGUUUUCUGGAGAGAUUUAAUCAUCCAAAUACCGUCAUGUCUUCAAGAACUCUGCCUCUGCUGUUCAUCAACCUCGGCGGAGAGAUGCUGUACAUCCUGGACCAGCGGCUCCGAGCUCAGAACAUCCCUGCUGACAAAGCUAAGAAAGUUAUGAAUGACAUCAUCACCACCAUGUUCAACAAGAAGUUCCUAGAAGAGCUUUUCAAGCCACAGGAGCUUUACUCCAAAAAGGCCCUGCGGACCGUGUUCGACAGGCUGGCCCAUGCCUCAAUAAUGAGACUCAACCAAGCUAGUAUGGACAAGCUAUAUGACCUGAUGACCAUGGCCUUCAAGUACCAGGUGCUUCUCUGUCCCCGACCCAAGGACAUCCUCCUUGUCUCCUUCAACCACAUGGAUGCAAUCAAAGACUUUGUGAAAGAUACUCCCAGCAUCCUUGGCCAGGUUGAUGAGACAUACCGACAGCUCAUAGAGAUGUAUACAACAUUGUCAAGUGGAGAAUUCCAGCUGAUCAGACAAACUCUCCUUAUCUUCUUCCAAGACAUGCAUAUAAGAGUGUCUAUUUUCCUCAAGGAUAAAGUGCAGAACUCAAAUGGCCGCUUCGUGCUUCCCACCAGUGGUCCUGUGCCUUAUGGAACACAAGUCCCUGGCUUGAUAAGGAUAUUUAGCUGCACUGGUGAAGAGGUGAGCAGGCUGCAGUUCAGUAAUGGAGGAAACUAUACCGCUGCAAGCCGGAAGGGAUCUUUCGAGACAUUUGGAGACAGAGUCACCAAACUAGGCACAAACAUGUACAGUGUGAGCCGUCCAGUGGAAACGCACAUGUCAGGAACAUCUAAAAAUUCUGCUCAGCACACUAAGGUCAACACUGCUCCCAACCCUUUGGCCAAAGAGGAGCUGAAUCUGUUAGCCAAGUUAAUGGGAGGGUUAGAUGUUCAGAAACCAGGAAAUGCAGAAAGCGGUUUCCGAGUCAACCUCUUCGCUACCGAUGAGGAAGAAGAAGAGGCAUUAAUAUCAAGACCAGAUGGCCUUUCAUAUGGAGUCAUAAACAUCCAAGCAACAAAGGACCAGCAGGCCAACGCAGAGCUGGCCAAGAUCAUGGGGGAUUUCACAGAGACUGCAGAUCAAUCUCCCAGCGUCAGCAGCAAAGGGGACGACCUUCUGGCCAUGAUGGACGGCCUGUGACAUGGUCACCCUGACAGAAAUGUCCAGCGGGUGGGGCACGAUGCAUCGCUAACAGUCCACUGUAGACCAGUCUGCUGCCUGUACCUGCGUAUAUACACUGCAGCAACCUCACAUGCAGCCAGUCUUCUCUGGGUGCUAUUAAAAUGCAGAAGUGAGCAGGUAUUUCCAUUGAUGCAUGGAAUUUGAAAUUUGCAUAGUUAACAACAAGAACAACAAAGAAUGUGGCGAGCUGAGCUUUAAGCUGUAAUACACUGUAAUAGUAUGUUCGCUGCAAGCAUAAAAGAGUUUCAGUGCAUCAGAAUAUACAGCGGGCCUCGAUCAGCUUGUUGAACAUGUGUAACACGUGGUAAUAGCAAAACAUCUGUUUGUAUGAUGAUGCAUUUUUAAAAUCACAGUCGGGCUGUACGCAAAAUACAUUCACAAUGUCAUUUAACUUUUAAUAAUGCAUCUCAGUUUUAGUUGAUCUGAUGCUUUAUAGUCCAUAAUUCCAUGUUACACAGUGGGAAAAGGGAUUUUGUUAACUUCUGCUUUAUUCUAAUGAACAAGUGAUGAUAUUGCGAGGGAAUCGGAGGAAACCCAAGUGCUCUUUCUAAUGUGAUUCAAAUUUCCUCAAAUCUUUAUUUUGGUUCUUUAUUUUAAGUUUAUCUUGCAUCAUACUGUACUACCUUAAAACAGUAUGAGGAGCAACUUGUGAGGCAUUUUUCACUACCAUCUAGUGUGGAAGUGUAGCCCAGAAAUGUGCUCAUUGAUGAGUGCGUAAUAUUAUGAUAUAUAUAUAUAUAUAUAUAUAUAUAAGUAAUUGUCUAAUAUGUAAAUAUGUUUAUUGCAUACUGUAUUUAUUUGAAUGUAUAAAUCUCUGUGUAUAGGAAGUGCAUAUUGCUACAGUUGUUAAAUUGUUGAAUUGUGCAAUGUAGUAUUUUUAAUAAAUAGAUGAAAAAAUA